CAGCCCUGAAAUUCACUCAUUGCUCUCACCAUGGCUGACCAAUGCCCCGUUGACCACACCAAAUUUCAAAAGCCUGCAGAAACUACCAACCAGGAAGCAAAAUGUCCUGUCGACCACAAAAGCAUGAGCUCCUCUUCAGAGUCCUCGGAAGAAGCCAAGUGCCCUGUAGACCCUUCGGCAUAUCAACACUUUUUGCCACCACCUACAAAAACGGCAGAAGGUUGCGAGUCUGAUGCCAUUAAUGCCGCAAAUAACAUGCCCAACUUGUCACAGCAACCUUCACCUGGACAGAAAAUGAAACUUAGCGUCGAACGGGAAAUCUCAACCAUUCCAAGAAGUGGCGACCCUAAUGAGAAGAUCUGGAUCUAUCCCUCUGAACAAAUGUUCUUCAACGCAAUGAGGAGGAAGAACUGGGAUCCCAAGGAAAAAGAUAUGGAAGUAGUGGUACCAAUUCACAAUGCUGUUAAUGAACAGGCAUGGCAAAAGAUAUUACAAUGGGAGAAGCGACAUGAAACGACCUGCGCCCAGCCAAAACUCGUUAAAUUCCAAGGUAAACCCAAAGACAUCACGCCGAAAGCUCGCAUCCGUUCAUGGUUUGGUUAUAAACUUCCCUUCGACCGACACGAUUGGGUGGUAGACCGGUGUGGAGAAAAAGUUACCUACGUUAUAGACUUUUACUCUGGCAAGGCCAACCCUAAUGCACCUGGCUCAGUCAGCUUUUUCUUGGAUGUCCGCCCAGCCUUGAGUCCGGCCGGUGUUUGGGACAGGAUAAAAAUGUCUUUUGAGAAAGGCGAAUGGCUUUAGAUAUACUGUAGAUUGAAUUUCACAACCAAUUAUUUUGAUAUUACCAAUUAGAACAAUAAAAUAAGCUGGCAGUCGUUGUGCUUUCAUAAGGAUUCAAAGGCA